UUAUGCUGCUCUUUGGUUUUGGUUUAUCCUGAUCAUCGGAGAUAUACUGUUUUCCUUGUAUAUUUUAAUGAUACUGUAAAUUUUCAGAUUUCUGCUUCAUUGUAUUUUAUAUAUAUUUAUAAAUUCUUUAAUUUCUUACUUUUCUAAGUCAUCUGAUUUCUGUGGAAAUUAUGGCUGAAAUUCCAUACUCUCCAGCUGAUGAUUUACAGUUUCUGCAUCAAGAUUUUGUUUCUGUGCAUGAUAUACCUACUCAUAUUGUAACUUGUGGAAGGUGGUUAGAAGAACCUUUACCUGAUAAUGAUCCUGGUCAUUUUUUAAUCCUGUUUAUACCUGGAAAUCCUGGUGCUCUAGAAUAUUACAUUGAGUUUUUUAAAGCUUUAUAUGAAGGUCUUCAACGAACCAUUCCAAUCUGGGGUAUAUCUCAUGCUGGACAUGUGAGUGCUCCUCCUGGCUGUACAGUGCCAAAGCUUGAAGAAAAUGAAAAUUUAUAUUCUCUAGAAGGUCAGAUUCAUCACAAAAUGGCAUUUAUCAACACUUAUGUUCCACGUGAUCGUACACUUAUUCUUAUUGGACAUUCCAUUGGAUGCUAUAUUGUGCUAGAACUUCUCAAACGAUUACCCCAUUUACAGGUAAAACGCUGCUUUCUCCUUUUUCCAACUAUUGAAAGAAUGUCUACAAGUCCACAAGGGCAGUGGGUUUGGCCGAUGUUGACGUAUCUUCGUCUUCCAGUAUUAAUCAGUGCGUAUGCUAUGAGUUAUCUGAGCCCACAAAUGCAGAGUCGACUCUUAGAAUGGUAUUUCAAAGAUCGUUCUGUGCCUGAAUGUGUCUUGAAUGCUAGUCUCAACCUUUUCCAACCUGACUGUGCUAAACUUUGCAUGCAUUUAGCAAAGGAUGAAUUAGAAAAUGUUACUACAUUAGAUGUUGACAACAUUCGAGAAAAUUUAAAACGCAUUACAUUUUACUAUGGAGCAAAUGAUAACUGGUGUCCAUAUUCUUAUUAUCUGGAUUUAAAAGAAAUUUUCCCUCAAGGUGAUAUUCGCCUUUGCAAACAUAACUUUGAGCAUGCUUUUGUUUUGGAAAACAGUAAAGAAAUGGCAGCUUUAUUGUCAGGUUGGAUACUUGAGGAAAUUCUGGGUACUUCAAAAGAUGUUCAUCGGAAUUCACUUUUAGUUUAAUUCUUGUUGUUAUUUUAGAAUUAUAUUUGUUAAAUUUAUGUUUUUACUAUUAAGAAAUAUAUUAAGUUUCCAUGAAUGAUGUACCUUGAUAUUUUCACUCCAUUAUACAAUUAAGUUAA